UGUAACGAUACCCGGCGAGGUAACGUCAGAUAAGCCGCUUUGAAAAAAAUAUGAGCCAACAAGUGACAAUCUAAUGCGUUAUACGGCCGUAACGAAAAAAAUAUCUCCGUAUCGAAUAGGAUGAAAACGAUUUUAUUUAUAAAAGCAAUUGUUUUUAUCAGUUACCGUCCGGCUCUAAUGAAGAAGUAAACAAGACGCUGUCGUGUCGGUAGAUAUAGAAUAAAUAUAUACGAGGAAUUUCAUGUGAAAUCAUCGGCGAUCUCCAUACGUGAUUUUCACACCAACUUUUUCGAACUUUACUCUUCGUUAAUGAAUUUUUUUUCAUCUCUCAGACCACUGUUUCGACCUCUGAUUUAAUAUUUGGAAUCGCUUGCUAAUUUUUGUUCGCUGCAAACUUAACGCGACCUCCUUCAAACUUGUGUUUUAAGCAUUUUGCAAGUUUGUGCUCUCGGUUGAGAAAAAAAUGAGAAAAGAAAAGGUUUUAGUGAAAAAUAGGCCGAUUUUGUUCGGAGAUCCGGUCAAUCGACGUUCCAAAUGAACUCCUUGUAUACGAAUUCGUGUAUGUGGUCAUGAUUCAAAAGGAUCACAUCGCGUAUCUUGUUCUUCUUCAUACACACGGUGUAGCAUGACGAAUGUUACCUAAUUGGACGAGAAACUUAAACAUCGAUUGACGAUAUUGUAAAAAAAAAAUGCAUCUUCUCUAUCAUAAAUUUUUUUAGAGUAUUGACUCGAAGGACAACCGUACGAAUGUGACGAACGAUUAUCCAUUCGUACCCGUAACAAAAUAUGAAGCGUCGCGUAAAAAUAAUCUUCACAUAUGAAUAAAGUUAUAAUGAUUUAAGAGUUGGCGAAUUACGUACCUCGCAUCGCAGUUUCACUUGAGCUCGAACGGGGCAUGGAUCAUGCGCGCCCUUUUUGCAUUUUCGUACAUGGUGCGAAUCAUAGUAAUCAACUUCAUUCUGGUUGACCCAUCAAGAGCGUACGCGAAGAAAUAUCAAAAUGUCAGACCUGAAACAGAAUCGGAGGCGUUGGAGAGUCUACACAAUUGGAUGGGUCCAACGCACAAGAACGAAACAUUCGACAGAGAAAUCUCAUCAAAGGAGCUGUCUGAUGUAACAUUUGGAAGAAACGGCGUCGUCAAGUUCGAUAGCGGAAACGCAUCAUUGGUCAACGGAAGAGUGAAUUUGCCGAGCGGAGGGGGCAGGAAGUUUGCUUUACUCAGGACCGUUAUGCGGAAGAAGCGAUGCAUACUUGCUCUGCUGUUACACAAAUUUGCUUGGCGACCUCCACCGCCAACGAUAAGGCCGUACCCGGUUAAAUGGCCAAUUCUACCGCAAAUACGACCAACUCCACCGCGGACAACACGACGACCACCACCACGGACAAUAGCACGGACAACAGCACGGACGACAGCACGGACAACAGCACGGACAACAGCACGGACAACAGCACGGACAACAGCACAGACAACACACAGACAACAGCACAGACAACAGCACAGACAACAGCACAGACAACAGCACAGACAACAGCACAGACAACCGCACAGACAACAGCACGGACACCACCGACCACGACAAAACGACCGCCAACACAACUACCAUCAUUGUCGACAAUACAAAGCCGAACACGGCCACCAUCGACCACGACAAAACGACCGCGAACGCGGCCACCAUCAUCUUGGACAACGCGACCGACGCGGCCGUGGACAGCGCGACCGACGCGGCCGUGGAAAACACGAUCGACGCGACCGACACGACCGCACACACAAAUAA